AUGCCGAAACCCUCACUCCUUGAUGAUUCUGCAUCUUGGAAGCAGACAUACGUGGUGAAUAUACCGCACUCCAUACGAGUCGUCACCUUGGAGUGGUUCUUGAAGGGCGAGUCCAAGUUUUGGAACCUCAGCUAUGCUCCCGACUCACUCAAGGACACCAACGAUCUCACGCUGGGCGAAGUGAUCGAAGCAUUUCUCGAUAAUGAUCAGCACGCCAGGAAAACAACAGGAUAUGCCAUGUGGGGCCACGCACCUACUCUCGGCGAGGAGAUUCGCAUGAUCGGCACACAGGAGGGCAGGCAAGCCAUGUUUCAUGCCUUGCACAUCAGGGUAUCCAUUGAGAGUACAGAGACCCUCGAGAAGUGUUGA